CCCUUUUUUAAUUUUAAUCUCAAUCUCACCCCACAUUACCUUAUCCCCAAAAGUCCCAUCCCAACAACUACGCCUCUCCUUUCAGGUCCAAUUAGCCCUUUCGGGUCUGUUCGAAGCCCAAACUACCUCCUUCUCUCUCUCUCCUUCCCCCCUCUCUCUCUCUCUCCUCCCCCUCUUUCUCCCUGCAAAACCCUAGAUCUCUCGGCCUUCAAAGCGCUUUCCGGGCUUCAAACCGCUCCCAGAUCGCUUCUCUUUCGGUUUUUGAGAGCAGGGUUUACUUCAUGACAGAAAUGGCGGAGAUGGCACUAAUGGAAACAACCCCGGAGGAGAAUAACAAUCAGCUGGCCACUCCUGAAACGCAGCCUAACAAGCGAAGGAAAAAGAAGUCUAUAGUUUGGGAGUACUUUACCAUUGAAACCGUGAGUGCUGGAUGUAGAAGAGCGUGCUGUAAGCGUUGCAAGCAAAGUUUUGCUUAUAGCACUGGUUCCAAGGUAGCAGGUACCAGCCAUCUCAAACGUCACAUUGCCAAAGGAACCUGUCCAGCACUCAUACGUGACCAAGAUAACAAUCAAUUGACUCCAUAUAACCCAAGGAUGGGUGGAAGUGAACCACCAAAGCGACGCUAUAGGUCUCCCAGUUCACCUUACAUUCCAUUUGAUCAGGACCGUUGCCGCCAUGAAAUUGCAAAGAUGAUUAUCAUGCAUGAUUACCCUCUUCACAUGGUUGAGCAUCCUGGGUUCAUAGCUUUUGUUCAAAAUCUUCAGCCUCGGUUUGACAAGGUGAGUUUUAACACUGUCCAAGGGGACUGUGUCGCAACUUACCUGAGGGAAAAGCAAAGCCUCAUGAAGUUUAUUGAGGGUAUUCCUGGACGCUUUUGUCUUACCCUGGACAUGUGGACUUCAAAUCAAACACUGGGUUAUGUGUUUAUAUGUGGACACUUCAUUGAUAGUGACUGGAAGUUGAAUAGACGGAUUCUCAAUGUCAUAAUGGAACCGUAUCCUGAUUCCGAUUCUGCUCUAAGUCAUGCUGUUGCUGCUUGCCUGUCAGACUGGAGUUUGGAGGGCAAGUUCUUUUCCCUCACCUUCAAUCACCCACCAAGUGAAGCUGGGCUGGAAUAUCUUAGGCCUUUACUCUGCAUUAAGAAUCCCCUUAUUUUUAAUGGUCAGCUUUUACUUGGAAAUUGCAUUGCUCGUACUCUUAGCAGCAUGGCAAAGGAUGUGCUUGGAGCUGGGCAAGAGAUCAUCAAGAAAAUUCGUGAUAGUGUAAAAUACGUGAAGGCAUCAGAAUCCCAUGAUGAUAAGUUUGUUCAAGUUAAAAACCAGCUUCAAGUGCCAAGUGAAAAAAGCCUAUUUCUUGAUAAUCAAACUCAAUGGAACACGACAUACCAAAUGCUUGCGGCUGCUUCUGAAUUGAAGGAAGUGUUUAGCUGUUUGGAUACUUCUGAUCCUGAUUAUAAGCUAGCCCCAUCAAUGGAAGACUGGAAGGUGGUCGAGACUUUAUGCACUUUCUUGAAACCUCUCUUUGAUGCUGUCAACAUCCUUACAACUACAACUAACCCUACUGCAAUUACAUUCUUUCAUGAGGCAUGGAAAAUACAUGCAGACUUAGGUCGUUCAAUCACAGGUGAGGACCCCUUCAUCAGCAACCUUGCUAAAUCAAUGCUAGAAAAGAUUGAUAAGUACUGGAAGGAUUGUAGCCUGGUUUUGGCAAUUGCAGUAGUCAUGGAUCCUCGAUUCAAAAUGAAGCUUGUUGAGUUCAGUUUCACAAAAAUCUAUGGUGAUGAUGCUCCCACGUAUAUCAAAAUUGUUGAUGAUGGAAUUCACGAGCUCUUUCUUGAAUAUGUGGCACUUCCACUGCCUCUGACGCCAACUUAUGCAGAAGAAGGAAAUGCUGGAAACAAUGGAAAGACUGAAGAUUCUCAUCAAGGGAAUCUUCUUUCAGACCAUGGACUUACUGAUUUUGAUGUCUACAUUAUGGAGACUACUAGCCAGCAGAUGAAAUCUGAGCUGGAUCAGUAUCUGGAGGAGUCCUUGCUGCCUCGUGUCCAAGAGUUUGAUGUGUUAGGUUGGUGGAAGCUGAACAAACUGAAGUAUCCAACUCUUUCAAAGAUGGCUCGUGACAUUUUGUCGAUCCCAGUAUCAGCUGCUGCUCCUGAGUCAGUCUUUGAUAUUGUAGACAAGCAACUGGAUCAGUACCGUAGCUCCUUGCGACCAGAGACAGUGGAAGCCCUAAUCUGUGCUAAGGAUUGGCUUCAUUAUGGAUCAACUGAAGUUUCAAAUGCACUUGUUAAAAUGGAAUUUUAGAUGUAGGUCUUACAUCCAUCAGAGUAUCAUGUUUAUGAUGGUAGGUUGCCGUGUUGGACAUAUUUAGUCUUCUAUUUGUACAAUUAGAAAGAAUUGUAUGGAUGCUUAAGACAUCAAAACUUAAUCGCUAGAGUAGUUUUUCCUAUUGCAUGCUUCUUUGAAGGUUGUACAGGGCACGAAGAGUCUUAAGUCCAACACCAAGUAGGCUUUUAGCAGGGUUAUGGACUAGUGACUAGUCUUUAAGCUCCUGUACAUCUAUUUGGUUGUAGGGUAUCCUGUCUUUUGCCUCUUACUAGUUAGUAAUAAUUUUCUCAACAUU